GUAAUCUUCGACUUUUUGCGCUGGCUGCGUAUUGAUGAGCCGGAUGAGACCCCACUGAACCGCGCUCUCUGCGAAGCUUGGGCCAAGUUCCCGGACAAGCGCGUCACACCAGACACGGCCCUGGUAAUAAGCCAUUGGCGUCGCAUUCAACUGAAUGAGUCAAUAAAUCGGACCACAGCCCCUGUCGGCGCAAUACUCUUCGUAUAUUCCCCUAGCGAGACCACCAAGAAUUUGACCAAUAAGCCACAGACCAUGCGGAUCUGGCCGGGCCUCCGACUGGUGGGCGCGGGCGGCAAGAUUUGCAAAGGCACGUUUGCAACGGUCAAAACAUGCGGCGAUGAAGCCGUGGAGCUAGAGGACGGGACGGUGCUCAAAAAGAACGACCUCUUCAAGUACACCCGCUUGCCACACGCCAUCACUUACGCAAGCUGUCAAGGCCUCACGCUUGUCGGGCAUGUGAGUCUCUGCGACGUCUCCAGCCCGCACUUCACGCUCAGGCACUUGUACGUGGCCUGCCUCGUUGCCGGACUGGUCGCCUUUAUCUGGUUCGCGUGCGACCGGGAGAAAGAGGAUGCCAAGGACACAGUGGGUCGUUUCGAUGGACCUGGACCCCAAGUUCCAGCCAGCAUCUGCUGCGACGUCAUGGAAUUGGACGAGGCGGCCCUGGGGCACUUCGACUUCGUGUGGGCCAGCCCGGUCUGCACCGAGUACAGCAGGGCCCUGACAAAGCGCCCCAGGAACCUGGAAACCGGGGAUCGGCUGGUGCUGCGCACGCUGGAGAUCAUCGAGAACCUGCGCCCCAGGUGGUGGGCUUUUGAAAACCCGCAGACGGGCCUGCUCAAGACGCGGCCGAUGGUGCAGGGUUUGCCCUACAGCGACGUCUGCUACUGCAAGUGUGGCUUCCGCUACAAGAAGGCCACAAGGAUUUGGCACAACCUGCCCUGGCGCCCCGCGAAAACCAUGCGUUGCAAGGACGACCGCUGCCAGGCCUUCGUGGACGGCAUCCACCCCGAGGCUGCCCAGCGUGGCACCACCAACGGUCGCCGCAACCAGCAGUCCCGGGAGCAACUGUACAGCACGCCCCCGCGGCUCUGCGACGAGAUUGCGGCCGCGGUGAGCUAG